CUUUAAUAAUUUUACGUAAUUUCUAAAUAAAUCUUCUAUAAAAUCAUUAGUAACAGUAGAAUACCAAGGUCAAAAAUAAAAAUAAUUAUUUUUAACAUGUUUAAAAUUUUAAUAAUUACCUUGUCCGUUGCUAUUGUGGCAUACGGUGACCAAUAUGUGGAUACAAUUAACAUUAUGGGUCAGUACGUAUCGUGCCUGGAUAAAAUACCCUCAGAUGUGGGCGAUAAAUGCCUGACCGAUAAGUUAGGCCCCUCUAAGUCGGGCGAUGAGGACAGACACCGUAUAUGCUGUUCCAUAUGGGCCCUCAUUGAUUGUGCUAGGUUAUAUGAAAAGGAUCACAGUGGUGUAGUGGUUAAGGCGUUGGGCUAUAGUGUAGUAGUGUGUGAGUUCGAGCCCCGGUACGGAAAGGAUUUUGUGACGGCCAACCUAAGUAGUAUGGGGAAAGCGGGGCGCAAAGUGAGGACGAGUUUCUGCCCGAACCCGGGUACCGGUACUUCGGUAUCGGUGCCCACCCGGGGGUGCCCGCAAGGGUGCUCCCACCCCGGGGGUGCCUGCAAA